UAAUGACUUAUAUGAUGUAAAAUGUUCUUUAAAUUAAAAGUAACUAUUCCUGUCCGGUCCAGAUCACACAUGGUGUGUAUCGGUUGACAAACAACUAGAUAAAAACAACUUGAUGAAUGUGCUUUAGUGAAUUGUGCUUUAUUAAAAGGUCCCGCCUCUGAUUGAGCGAUGGCCAAUCAUGGUGUCAAAUGUGAUGAAAUUCAGGGACAUUCCAGGCAUCGACUCUAGAACAAAGGAUUAAAAACAAAAACUGAACAUAUUUUAUGGUUUUAGUUUCUUCUGAAGCAGUACAUGAUAGUUUGAUAAAUUUAGUUUGUUGUUGUUAAAUGUUCCUUUUUUAACAUGUAAUUUUGAAUAAGUUCCAUUUUUCUUCUUUUCUUGAGUUCAUUGUUUCAGUUUUUGUUGCUGAACUUUAAUAACCUUUAUACAGAUAACAUGUUUCAACAGAGAUCAAGCGAAACUUGAUAACAUCUUUCUCUUUCCAUUGAACCUGUAAACUGAGUCACUUGCCUUUUAUUGCACAUAUUUUAGUAAUCGUCAAUCAUAAAACUCACACACACUGAAAAUUCAUCCUGUGAAAACUAUUUUGAAAGUCAAAAUUAUUUUGUUAAAUAUAUAUUUUGUGUACGAUGAAAAGGUUCAUUCAGUACAUUUGCAGUAAACCUCUCAGACACUUUCAUUUUUUGAAGCUGUUUUCACUUCUGCCAUCUGCUGUCUUCUCUGAAAGAGGUCUGUAUUCAGUCAAAGAGAAAGGGUGGAGACAGUUAACGGAUUAACCCACUGUAUUUUCCCUUUACAAACAGUGGCAGAACCAGCAGCCAAUCAGAGCGGAGAGUCUUUUCCCGUGAGUCACUCAGGCCCCUCCCACCGUCUCUCUACCUUGAGCCGCUCUUCAGAUCCACAGAAGAGCAGAAGUGGAUCCACAGGAAGAGUCUCGGUUCCCUGCGCUGAUCAUGAGAGUCCUGAGCGCUUUAUUCCUCGUGUGUGCGUUCGCUGCGUCUGUGGCCGGAGAUCCAAACAUCACAGAAGCUGCGGCAGAGACUCUCAGCUCGACUCCGGUGAAGACGCUGCUGAAGUCCAGCUUCCAUCUGUAUCACGAGGGGAAGGUGUUUGAGGAGACCUGCGCCCUGCUCCCGUUCAGGUCCGAAAGCCUCCUCAGAUGUGGCUACAACCACAGCCAUCCUCUGGUGCUGAUCAUUCACGGAUGGACGAUGAACGGACUCAUGGAGCAGUGGAUCUUCAAUCUGGCCUCUGCGCUGAAGGUCCGGCUCGGGCAGGUCAACGUGCUCAUCAGCGAUUGGAGGAAUCUGGCCCUUCAGCCGUAUCCAAUCGCAGCCAAGAACAGCAGACAGGUGGGGCAGGACGUGGCUGCGCUGCUCAAAUGGCUGGAGGAAGCUGCUCAGCUCUCCAUGGAUGAAGUCCAUCUGAUUGGCUACAGUCUGGGAGCGCAUGUGGCUGGAUUUGCAGGAAGCCAUUUCAGAGGACGGAGGAAAGUGGGCCGCAUUACUGGACUGGAUCCGGCCGGGCCGCACUUCGAAGGUCUGCCGGCGUUUGACAGACUGUCUCCGGACGACGCUCAGUUUGUGGACGCCAUCCACACCUUCACCAAGUCCAGCAUCAUGCCGGGAGUGGGAAUAAAGCAGAGCGUCGCUCACGUGGACUUCUACCCCAACGGAGGCUCCUUUCAGCCCGGCUGCAAGAUGCUCGACAUUUACAGUAACGUCUAUCAGUACGGCCUGCAAGGAGUUCCCAAGACCAUUAAAUGUGCCCACGAGCGCGCAGUCAAACUCUUCACCAACUCCCUGAUCAACACCAGCCAGCCCAUAAUAGGCUACCGUUGCCGUGACGACAGCACCUUCAACAAAGGCCUGUGUCUUGACUGCAAACAGAUGCGCUGCAACACGCUGGGCUACGAUGUGCGGCACGAGCGCGCGGGGAGGAAGGCUAAAGGGCUGUACUUCAAAACCGGCCCAGAAGCUCCCUAUAAAGUGUUUCACUACCAGAUCAGAGUCCUGCUGAUGAACCUGAUGGAGCCGGUCGAGGCCGCGCUGUCCGUCUCGCUCAACGGGACCCGAGGAGAGAUCCGAGACGUUCCCGUCACACUGUAUCAGGACAGCAGCAGCCCGAAGGCCUUCACCUCAUUGGCUGCGGUGGCCACUGAUCUGGGUCACCUGACCUCCAUCAGGCUGGUCUGGAAGGGCGAGCUGGUCUGGUCCAGCUGGCUGAGGCGUGUCCGGAACAUCAUGAGCUGGAACGGAUCCGAUCAGGACGUGGAACUCAGUGUGUGGAGGAUCCGGAUCAAAUCAGGAGAGAGUAAGGAAAAGACGUGGUUCUGUGGCGUUUCCGCUGAAGUCACGCGUCUGAAGCUGUCGGAGGAGCAGGAGUUCAGACGCUGCGCUCGGAGGACGGAGACACAGACAUGAAGACGCACAGCAGCCGUUCAACCCAGUCUUUUUAUUAAUGCAUUUCAAGUACUCCAAAAAAAUUACAUCUCUUUGCACAAUACGUUUUGAAAUGUUACGUAAAAAUGUUCAAAGUGAACAAAAAUUUAGGUACUGUAUAAAACACAGUGAACAUUAACAGACAGCAGUAUUAAUCUUUUUUUGUUCAUUCGUUUCUCAAUUUUAGUGUUCGGCCUAUUUUCACCUACGACAUUUGGACUCGAUUAAGACUUUUUUCAGUGCACUUUUCCUCUAUGAAAUUUCACCAAGACUACGUAAAAAUUAAAA